GUUACUUUCAUAAAAUUUAUAACUUAGUAAUUUUUUGUAUGAAUUUGACCGAAAAAAUCCUGCGUAUCAGAAGGGAACGAUCCAGCCCUGAAUGGCUUGUGGCCCAAUAGUGCGUAUAAAGGAUGGCGACUCUGAGUCCCAGAAAUACAUUGUCGGCAUUGCAAGAGCGCGGUUAUCACAUCGGCAGGAUAAUCGGUCAGGGUUCUUACGCGACCGUCCACGUGACUGAUUAUUUCGAUGGUUUGAAGAGAGCGCGACUGGCGUGCAAGAUAUUCGACAAGGAGAAGGCGCCCAAGGAGUUUCUGGAGAAGUUUUAUCCCAGGGAGUUGGACAUAUUGACGCACAUUGAGAAUCCGCACAUAAUACAGGUGCACAGCAUCCUGCAACGGGGGCACAAGGUGUUCAUAUUCAUGAGAUACGCUGAAAAGGGUGACCUGUUGGACUACAUAAAGGAGAACGGCGCCGUGCCGGAAGGCCAGGCGAAAAUCUGGUUCAAACAAAUGAUCAGCGGGCUGCAGUACCUGCACGGCCUGAACAUCGCCCACCGCGACCUCAAGUGCGAGAACAUGCUGCUGACGCGCAAGUACAACAUCAAAAUAGCCGACUUCGGCUUCGCCCGCUACUGCGUCGACUCCAACAACCGGCGCCUGCUCAGCUCGACGUACUGCGGCUCGGCCGCCUACGCCGCCCCCGAAGUCAUCCAGGGAUCGCCGUACAACCCGAAACUGUCCGACAUGUGGUCGCUGGGAAUAAUAGUGUUCAUGAUGCUGAACGCCGCCAUGCCCUUCGACGACUCGAACGUGUCGAAGCUGUUGCGCGACCAGCUGACCAAGAACUGGGUGUUCAGGACGAAGAUCAGGAACAAGAUCUCGUUGCCGUCUAAGUCAUUGAUCCGUUCCCUGUUGGAGCCCGACCUGACGCUCAGACUGAACUUGGACCGGGUCACGCAGCACGAGUGGAUACAGGAGAGGCAUGCGCAGACGAAGAAGCGGCUCGUACGCUCCGCCCCCUACACACGGCACGUCACCGCGGUACAGGGGAAAAUCCACAACGAAAUUUGAGUGAUAUAUUCUAUGUAAUUGUAAUCUGUAUAUUGUAUAAAUAAAAUGGGGUAAUUUAAACUGA